AGACUAAACUUUUUCCCCCCUUGACUACUGCCUCUCUGCUUCAUCAUCUACCAUAGUCUCUAGUCUCUCUCUCUAGUCUCUAGUCUCUAGUCUCUCUCUCUAGUCUCUACCCUCAUCUUCAAUCACUUUCCUAUAGCUAUACAGACCUUCCAUUUUCAUUUCCAAAGCUUUCUCUCCCAAAACAAAAAUGGCAGCUUUUUCAAACCCAAAUCACCCUUUUCUCAUUCACCCAAUUUUCCUCCCAAACAACUCUGCCUUUUCUCAGGAACCAAACGCCAUCACUCCCACCCCCUGUUUCCCCCAAUUUUUCCCACCUGAAUCUCACAAUACCGAGCCUUACGUGACCAAUAACAUAAACAGUGCAGAUUCCUCGUCAGUGGUCGAUCACAAGGCUGAGAGUGGCGAGCAGGUCACUCAGAAGGCGGUUUCCAUGGCCAAGAAGAGGAGCCAUAGCGAUGGGUCUUCCUUGAGCUCUGUUCAAUCUAUGGAGGCAAGAGAAGUGAAAGGCAGGAAGCAAAAGAAAAGUGACGGCACGAGGAAAGAUGAGAAUGAAAAGAAGCUUAAUAAAGCUGGGAAAAGGGUUCAAAAGAUCAAAGCUGCCGAAGAAGCCCCGACGGAUUACGUUCAUGUGAGAGCCAGGAGGGGCCAGGCUACAGACAGCCACAGUCUGGCUGAGAGGGUUAGGAGAGAGAAAAUAAGUGAGAGAAUGAAGAUGUUGCAAGCUCUUGUUCCUGGGUGUGACAAGAUGACUGGGAAGGCCCUUAUAUUGGAUGAAAUUAUCAAUUAUGUCCAAUCCCUACAAAAUCAAGUAGAGUUCCUCUCUAUGAAGCUUGGUUCUGCGAAUUCGAUGUUCUUCGUUGACUCCGGAGUGGAAUUUGAUGCCUUCUUGCUUACACCUGAGAGAUUGAGCAGCAUGGAAUCCCCAAUAUUGCCAAAUGGGCAGCCAUGCAACAAUUCAUCCCUGCCAAUUGGUUUUCCUCAUGAUUCACCCACCUUCCCACCACAAGACAGUACUUAUCCUCUCCUGGACAACAUUUCUUCUCUCCUAUUUGAUCAGCAACUGCAGUUUCCUCAUACUCUGCACCCUCAGGAUAAUGGACAGCUGGUGUGGGAUGUGGAUGAGCAAAGACAAAAACUUGUGAAUCAAUCUGGAUUGAUCAGCCACAACAACUUCAACUUGUGUUCUUUUCAUUAAUAUAAUUUAUCGAGCUAGAAACAGCUGCAUGCCCUACAAACCAUCUGGUAAGCCCUCUAAUCACUGUCCCAUAUAAUGUAUCACAUGUUUAAUUUAAUCAUUAAUUAAAUAGGAGAACAAGUACUAUAUAUAUAGUCUAUAUAUGCAUAUGGAUAGUUCUUUUUUAUUUUUUUCCGACAAUCAGGGGUGUUCGGGCUAGUUUACGCGCACCUCAACUAAUUCCAUCUCCGGUCCGGUCAAAGGCUGGCCAUCCGCGCUGGACUAUAGAAUUCACAAGAAAUUACUUUCUUGCGGUCCGAUUCCGAGAAUCGAACACUGGUCAAUCGUGUGGGGAGCAAACCCACCAACCAACCAGAUUAACCCAGACUAUACAUAUCAAAUCAUGAAUAGUUAUAGAAUAAUCUGUAGAGCCUUCUGGUUAUUUCACAAGACACCAAAAUUAGUGCUGUGGACAGCUGCAUUUCUAGUGAAAGUUUGGGGCAUAUAUACAUAGUGAUCACGCCAUCAUGUAUGCAUGUGUCUUGAUCUUAAAAAGUGUUGUUCAAAAUACCAAAUAAAUUGACAUGACAUGACUAAUGUGAGCCAUAAUUUCAAAGAUGUCACUGCUAGAUCAUUCUGAGAGGUGCAUGAAAAUAAUCCUAGCAUUUGAUUGGCAAGUCAUACAACGUGAAAAUAACACAUUGUAAAUUUUUUUUUUUUUUUAGUUUAUAAACUUUGAUUUUACCAAUAAAAUAACAAAAAAAUCUGUAUAAGAGAGCUUUCGUCUCGUGCAGACGAAUCAAUGGUUCUGUUUUUGUGAAUCGUUUCUCAUAAAUAGAAUUCGCUAAAAGAUACUAUUACAUCAAAAGAGUACGUAUUUACUAUCUAUGGACAAAGCUUGAAUUGAAUUUCCAACUCUUUUAUUUAUUUCUAAUUCUCAGCAGUUCAAAAAGAACUCUUUUAUUUCUCGAUCGAUUUCUGUUUUGCUUUAUUUUGGUUUUGUCUUUUAAUUUAUUAACAUGGACUCUGCAGUGUGUGAGGAAAAAUCCACAGCAUGCAGCAGAAAUAGAGAGAGGAAAGGACCCCGAAAUGAAGGAUUAAUGCCUAAUUAAGCGAGUACUAAUUACACGCCUUAGUACAAUAUAUAUACACCAGUGGAGACGGGCUCGGAAGGCAGAUCGAUCAGGAAGAAGCAAAAUCAAUGGAUCGAUGAAUUAGAAUAUCUACACUUCUACGUGCACAGAGACACUGAACACAAAUCAUUCGUGAGAGUGAUUAAUCGCACGAUUCGCGAAACCGACUCGACUUUUGAAAGACAUAUCUGUGUUUGGAUCUGUAAACGUAAUUGAUUAUACAUUCAUUUUGUAGAAUACAAGGGAGACAGAUAAGGACAAUGUGUGACCGACCAAACAAUGACCAGAUCUUUGGUAGAUCUUAUGUGGUGGUUAUAAUAGUACGUAGAAAGUUUAGGCCCAUGAUUUAAAUUAAUGUAAGAGAAUUAUAUAUAGUACCGUUGCUGUAUUUUAAUGGCGUGUGAUUAUUCUUA